AGUAUAUUAUUUAGUAGCAGUGGCUUACGCAUUAGGGAGCAGUACUGUUUUUGACCUUUCGUUUUCCGGAUCUAGGGUUUCUCCUCUGACGAUCAUCAUCAUCUUCACACACGCACAACCAUCAUCAAACCCUAGCUACCAUCGCCACCGAAACUACACGAAAACAACCAUUCACCGGCGACCGAGUCGGAGAAUCACGAUCACACGCACGCAGCCACCGUUACGGUUCCUCGAACAUUAUUUUUUACCCGCCAUCACCUUCAAUCACGGAUCUAAAACUUUCUCCGAAACAAAAGGCCCUAAUUGUCAUUUUUUAUUUUAUAUAUACAUAUUUUUUUGCUGGUAAUGCGAAAAUCAGAUGAAUCUUAAAGCGUUGUUGACGGCGGUGAUGAUGAUGAUGAAUAUUUUUUCCCUUACUUACGCGGAAUCUUGAUGAAAUUCCAAAGACUUUGUGUUUGUGAUUUGAUUUGAAGGAACAAAAAAGGGAAUGUAUAAAUCGGUGGUGUAUCAGGGGGAGGUGGUGUUGGGUGAGGUAGAUAUAUACCCAGAAGAGAACUACUCCAAGAAAAUCGAUGUGAAGGAUAUCAGAAUAAGCCACUUUUCGCAACCCAGUGAGAGGUGCCCCCCACUUGCUGUUCUUCAUACAGUUACUUCAUGUGGUGUUUGCUUCAAAAUGGAGUCAAAGACUCAGCAGCAGGAUGGCCUCUUUCACUUGCACUCCUUAUGUAUCAGAGAGAACAAGACUGCUGUAAUACUACUAUGUGGGGAAGAAUUACAUUUGGUUGCAAUGCAUUCACGGAAUGAUGAUAGACCAUGCUUCUGGGGAUUUAUUGUUGCCUUGGGACUUUAUGAUUCAUGCCUUGUGAUGUUAAAUCUUAGAUGCUUGGGUAUAGUGUUUGAUCUGGAUGAAACACUUAUUGUUGCAAACACAAUGCGCUCAUUUGAGGAUAGAAUUGAUGCACUCCAGAGGAAAAUAAACACUGAGGGUGAUCCACAACGAAUAUCCAGUAUGCAGGCAGAGGUCAAACGCUACCUAGAUGACAAGAAUAUAUUAAAGCAAUAUGCUGAAAAUGAUCAGGUUGUUGAUAAUGGGAGAGUGAUAAAAGUUCAAUCUGAGAUUGUUCCAGCUUUAUCUGAUGCUCAUCAACCUAUUAUUCGACCACUGAUUCGGUUACAGGAUAAGAACAUUAUUCUGACACGGAUCAAUCCACAGAUUCGGGAUACAAGUGUUCUUGUGAGGUUGAGACCUGCAUGGGAAGAUCUUCGGAGCUACCUGACUGCAAGAGGGCGCAAGCGUUUUGAGGUUUAUGUCUGCACUAUGGCUGAAAGGGACUAUGCACUAGAAAUGUGGAGGCUUCUUGAUCCUGAUUCAAAUUUGAUAAAUUCUAAAGAACUAUUAGGUCGCAUUGUAUGUGUUAAGUCUGGUUUGAAGAAGUCAUUAUUCAAUGUCUUCCAAAAUGGUUUUUGCCAUCCAAAGAUGGCAUUGGUAAUUGAUGAUCGCUUGAAAGUCUGGGAUGAGAAGGAUCAACCUCGUGUGCAUGUUGUCCCUGCAUUUGCUCCAUACUAUGCGCCUCAAGCUGAAGCAAGCAAUACUGUCCCUGUCUUGUGUGUAGCAAGAAAUGUUGCUUGCAAUGUUAGGGGUGGCUUUUUUAAGGAUUUCGAUGAUGGUCUUUUGCAGAAGAUUCCUCAAGUUGCCUAUGAAGAUGAAAUCGAAGAUACACCUUCUCCCCCUGAUGUGAGCAAUUAUCUAGUUUCAGAGGAUGAUGGAGCUGCUUCCAAUGGAAACAGAGAUCCAUUCUUGUUUGAUGGCAUGGCAGAUGCUGAGGUAGAAAGAAAAUUGAAGGAUGCACUAUCAGCAGCUUCAACUAUUCCUGUGACAACUACUAAUUUAGAUCCCAGGCUCACUUCUCUUCAGCACACAACGGUGUCUUCUAGUUCAGUUCCACCAACUUCACAAGCAUCUAUGAUGCCAUUUUCCCAGGUACAGUUAGCUCCACCUGCUACUCUAGUAAAGCCAAUGGGUCAAGCUGCCCCUUCCGAAUCUAGCUUGCAUAGCUCCCCUGCUAGAGAAGAAGGUGAAGUACCUGAAUCAGAAUUAGACCCAGAUACAAGGCGUAGGCUUCUCAUAUUGCAACAUGGACAAGAUACCAGGGAUCAUGCAUCUAGUGAGCCUCCAUUUCCUAUUAGACCUCCCAUGCCAGUCUCUGCCCCUCGCGUACCGUCACGCGGAGGGUGGUUUCCUGUAGAAGAGGAGAUUGGUUCACAGCCACUAAACCGGGUAGUGCCUAAAGAAUUUCCUGUAGAUUCUGGUCCGUUGUGUGUUGAAAAGCACCGGCCACAUCAUCCAUCCUUUUUCUCUAAGGUUGACAGUCCUAUUUCAUCUGAUAGAAUUCUCCAUGACAGCCACCAAAGGUUGCCAAAGGAGAUUUAUCACAGAGAUGAUCGCCCAAGAUUAAGCCAUACACUCUCUAGUUAUCAUUCUUUAUCUGGUGAUGAUAUCCCCUUUAGUAGGUCAUCUUCCAGCCACAGGGAUCUUGACUCUGAAUCUGGUUCUGUAUUGCAUGCGGAUAAUCCAGCUGUAGUAUUACAGGACAUUGCAUUGAAAUGUGGAACUAAGGUGGAAUUUAUGUCAUCUUUGGUUUCAAGUGCAGAACUGCAGUUCUCCAUUGAGGCAUGGUUUUCUGGAAGAAAAAUUGGUCAUGGAGUUGGCAGAAGUAGGAAGGAAGCUCAACACAAGGCUGCUGAGGAUUCUAUGAAACAUUUGGCUGAUAUAUAUUUGUCUUGUGCUAAGGAUGAGCUUGGUUCUACAUAUGGAGAUGUGAGUGGGUUUCCUAAUGCAAAUGACAAUGGUUAUGUGGGUAACAUUAGCUCUCUUGGUAAUCAACCAUUGCCCAAAGAGGAUUCCAUUUCAUUUUCAACUGGUUCUGAUCCAUCAAGGGUUUUAGAUCCUAGGUUGGAUGUUGCUAAGAGGUCAAUGGGUUCAAUUUCUGCCCUCAAAGAAUUGUGCAUGAUGGAGGGUCUUGGUGUCAAUUUUCUACCUGCACCUGCUCCAGUGUCAACGAAUUCAGUUCAGAAAGAUGAAGUACAUGCACAGGUUGAAAUAGACGGCCAGGUAUUUGGUAAAGGGAUCGGAUUAACAUGGGACGAGGCUAAAAUGCAGGCUGCCGAGAAGGCACUUGGAAGUUUAAGAACAAGGCUUGGUCAAAGUGUUCAGAGACGGCAGAGCUCUCCCAGGUCACAUCAUGGAUACUCAAAUAAACGUUUAAAGCAAGAAUACCCUCACCCUCGAACUCUGCAGAGGAUUCCCUCUUCUGCUAGAUAUCCCAGGAAUGCUCCGCCAAUUCCUUGAAAAAAGUAGUGCACUUUUCAAUCUCGCUUAAGGUAUUACUGCUGUUGUUGGGGCAUUUAUAUUUUACCGAUUCCACUUCAACAAUAUGGAGAAUGGCUGUUGGGUUGGACCAUUUCCACUGAGUGGGGUGCUUGGUCUCAGUCAUUUUGUCACUCUGCAACGCCAACUUUUUGUACCAAUAUAAGAUCCUCACUGAAAUGGGGUGAGAUACUGGUCAAAGAUUUUGUAAGAUACCACAUCUUGGUCCUCCCAAGCAAUGCUGUAUCGGUUGUGUAUCCUGGAAAUGCAAAGAGAUCGGUUUCACAAGACAGAUGAUGAGCCAAGUCCAACGCUUACUUGCAUUUCUGUGGUUUAUAUACAUGAUGCUGCAUACUCAGACAGAGUAACCUAUUGGAAUUGAGAAUUGAUUCAGCUUUUUUCUAACUGAAGGAAUGGUACAAGCAUUCAGUACAGGUAUUUUUUUCCCCUUUUUUUUUUAUGCAUGGAAGUCGGCUUUCACUAACCAAACCGGCUAAUAGUUUUUCAUUCCACUAAUUCUAUCACCACGCGUCCCUCUGAAGAUUCUUAUUUGCGGAGUCUCAGGUUGGUGAAUUUGCAUAGUAUUGUAACUCACUGAUGAUGUAAAACACACUUUCAAUUGUGAUUAUCUGUUAAUGUUGUUCCCAAGUCAUUUGGUGGGAUUUUUUUGGAAAUGCAACUAAAAAUU